UUUCAGUGGCCAAGGGAAAGGAAACGAAAGGUUAUCUUCUACAACCAAGUCUUUUCUGCCCAUUAAAAACGUCCUUGAAAAUGACUUCCAAGGUCUCAUCUGUAAUUGCAUGGAAACUUAUGAUCAGAAAAAUCAAGCAAGAUUUGAUCCUGCCCACAGAAGUCUCUUUCUUGAGCUUCAAGGUAGAAAAUUUUGGGGGAAAUGGGAAAACUUUUCAUUGGUUUGAAGAUUAAACCAUGACAGAUUCUUUUCCAUUGUUGGGUUUUUAUUUACUUUUUAAUAUUUCAUCAUGUAGAUGCUGUAUUGCCGGAUCUAAUAAUGUUUAGAAUCCGAGGCUAUACGUAUGGCAAGAAAUGGUUAGUUUAAGUCCUUAAGCUUUGUCUUUUUUCCUCCUUUGAUUUUCCCGUUUUAGACCAGGUUGAUUGAAAGUUAUAAUAGUAAUAUUUUGCCCGUCGUUAGAUCUAAACUAAACAAAAUUCCACCCUGUUGUAUCUGGCAAAAAGGAAAACAAAACAAAAAGGGAAGAUCUGCUGCUCAAAAACAGGUAUCUGACACCUCCCCAAAGACAUAGGGGUGUUAGAAUCUGGUCUGGAGAAUCAAACAAGUUGCUCUCUCAAGCUCUCGUUCUUCGAUGAAUCCUAGAAUGCUAAACGAUUACUAAGUCUUCUUCCUCAAUUGCCUCAAAAGAACCGUUAUUGGUCGAUCGAAGGCAAACGGUGUUAUAUGGAUAAGUUCCCGGAUGUUUUGUGUGGUUGGAGCUGGGAGGAGAACAAGUUGUUUGAGCUGGCUUUAGCUGUGGUUGAUGAACGACACCCUGAUCGUUGGGAAGUGGUUGCUGCCAUGGUUGGAGGCAAAAAAACCGCAGAAGAUGUGCAUAAACAUUACGUGAUACUCUUGGAGGAUUUGCAGUUCAUCGAAUCGGGUAAACUCGAUCAUGAACUGGCCGAAAGGAAGCCCUGUAUUCAAGUCGACUGCACUCAAUCUGUUUGCUGGACUGAUGAUGAUAACAAUUUUUCCGCUUACAGCUUGCUGGUUCGGUUGGACAUAAUUGAUUCCCCUAAAAGCUGUACUGCUUCUUUAUGAAAGCAUAUUUGGUCACCAAAACUCACGUCCCACAAGAAUGCAGUAUCGAUUCUGAUGCUAUAUCUUGUUCCUUGAUUUAAUCACUCUCUUCAUUGUAAAACAGAAUUUCUCUGAGAUUUGAACUUUUCAAUUUGUUGAUAGUAGAAAUUGUUCUUGGCCUUGUUUA